UCUCUCUCUCUCCCGAUGCUUUGCUGUUUCCCACCUACUCAUGCGUUUUUCCUCUCUCGCUCUCUAUUCUUUCUUGCAUCUCUCUCUCGUUCCUCUGUAAGGCACCCAGAUAUCUCAAAGGGAAUGGAGCCUCCACUUUCUGCCCCCCAUGGGAUUGAGAUCAGUGAUAUUACAUGUGAUUCCUUCCGCGUGUCCUGGGACAUCCCGCCAUAUGACUUACACCGGAUUACUCAUUACUUCAUAGACCUGAACAAGAAGGGAGGACAGAAAGAGAACAAGUUCAAACACAGGGAUGUGCCAACCAAAUUGGUGGCGAAGGCUGUAGCUCUACCCAUGAUGGUCCGUGGUCAUUGGUUCCUGAGCCCUCGCACUGAGUACACACUGGCCGUGCAGACUGCCAUAAAACGCAGUGAUGGCGAAUAUACUGUGUCUGGCUGGAGCGAAACACUCAGCUUCUGCACUGGAGAUUAUGCCAUGGAGCAAGUGAGACAGCUGCAGGUAAAAGCAGAGGGCAUCGCUGGUCGCAUGUUACCUUUCCAAGUCUUCUACAGGAACCAGACCUCGGAAUACUUCCAAUAUGUCAGGGAUAAAUGGGGGUGCGUAAUGCUUCCUUCUCUAAAAGACCAGAGUGGCAGCCAUGGUUCACCCGUCAGUGGAACCCUCCAUGGAGUGUUUUUUAGCUGCAACACCGAGUUCAACACAGGGCAUCCUCCAAACGACUCACCCUACGGCAGAUGGAGGCUGACCGUGCCUGCUGGGCAUUUCUUCCAUGAGGGUACAAAUCUGUACUUUGCUGAUUUCUACUGUAUGUACAGUGCUUAUCACUAUGUUGUCCUGGUCUUGUCACCUCAAGGUUCUCAAGGAGAUGUGUUCUGCAGUAAGCGUCUUCCACUGCUGGACCCACAGGACAACCCUUUCUUGACCCGUGGGGAGAAGGCAGGGUACAGGCAUGCACAGGAUCUCAUCCUAGAAGUGCUCUACACAGACCCAGUUCCACUUGGGCUGGGGCAGCUAGGAGAGAUCAGUGGGCAUCAACUGAUGAGCCUUUCCACAGCGAAUGCCAAAAAGGACCCCAGCUGUAAGGUGUGCAACAUCAGUGGGGGGCGCUAGAUGGUAGCACUGAGGCUCAGAAUGAAAACAGCUAAUUAGACAAUGCCGGUAGGAUAGUUCCGUUUAGAAUCUUGGGGGAAUAUUAUAUGGUGUCAAAUCAGGCAUGUGUUACAUUAGUGACAUGUAAACAUGUAACAUGUAAAUAGGAAAUUGUUAAUAGUGCAUAUAGUUAAAAGCUUUAGGAAAAACCAGUUUAUAGUCAUUGAGGGCAGCAUCUGCUUGUGCCAGAUAACUGAAUGUGAUGCACAAAGUAGAUAGAAGUUCAAUCCAAAUUAAGUGCAUCUGUGAUAUCACCGAGUGGAAGUUCCUGUGACAUCAUAUUAUCAGCUUACAUAUUAUAGGGUAGAAUUAUAGUAAAUGGUAUUACAUGUGGGCAAUGGUAUUCAAAAUUCUAUGCUGAUUAUUACUAUAUAUUCCCUUUUCCAUAUCUGCCCUCAACAAGCCUCAGACACUACAUCUCCCCAAAGCAUAUUAUAUGGCCCCAUGAUUCUCAGGUAAUAAUGGGAAGCUGAUUUGAAAUUUGAUAUAUCUUUUCUGUAGGGAAACUCCCAGAGAUGCAACACUAAAAACCCCAUGCUUACUGGUUAAUGUUUCUUCUGUAAGGAGGGUCCUGUGUUUGUGUGAUAUUGGUGCAUAAGCAAAACCUUCUGGUCCUACGUUGUCCCAGUGGGCCAAACUAACCUUUGGUAGGAGCCCUACAGAUAUCCCGUUAAUAUGCAACUGUUAUCCUACAGUAUAUUGAGCCCAAAAGGGUCUGAACAACAAAAUAUAUGUUUUUUUUAUAUCUAUAUAUCAGAUUGUUAAAAGCACUCCUCCAGGUUUGUCCUGUGCCCCUGAAACAUAUUCAAGUGGUAAACAAUGCGGAAAUGAACAAGGAGUCAUGAUGUUAAGGUCUAAGUGCAGCUAUAAACUUUUAAAAAAAAAAUACACACCAAUAUAUAUUAAAUCCUUCAAAUAACACACACUAUUCUGCAAAAUUUUGGAACAUUUAUUCCAAAACUGUAUGGCUGCCCCCCUAAUAGGAACAGUUAAGGGCAGCUUGAUGAUGUUUGAGUGAAAUAGAUGCUCGUUCUACUUGUCUACCUAGAAUACUUCCUUUCAGUUCUAAUCAUUUGAGAAGCAGAACAAGAGUCUUUCUACAUCACUAGCUAUUAUUGCUUUUUUUACUGUGAAGUUGGACUUAUGCAUGGAUGAAGGUUGCAUCGCCGCAUCAUUGCGGCUGUUUCUGUUGGCUUUGGCAUUUGCAUGGGCUCCUUUAUAGUCAUUAGGCUUCUAUUUUUCUCUUGCCGCUUGGAAAUCUGUCCAUUCCAUGCCCCUUAGUUGGUGACUUUCAGAUGCAACAUUCUUUAGAAAACAAAUUAAAAUUUGCAAAAUGUAACAUUGUACUUCUGUAUAGUUAUGCUUGACACCAGUCUGUCUACUCCACCCCUGCGUUGAACUGAGCACACGUUCGCCUAUUGAUGCCGGAAACCCGGCAAAUUUAGAACACGGUCACAUUUACUGGGUUCCCUCAAUGUUCUGCAUAAAUUAAGCUCUGCAGACUGGCAAAUAAUCACAUGCUAUUGCUGCUCAGGUGCUGAAAGUGGCUCCAUCCCCACUACAAACACUUUAGCUGCAAUCUAUUUGUGUCACAAUGCAAGGCAAUUUGUUUUGAUGCAUCAGGUGCAACUGCAGAGGACUUCCUAUAUGGCUGCAAAGCUGCUGGAAUUGUGGGUAUAAACAUGGAGAUUUCAUGCUUUCUGCACUUACAGUUGUAAAUUAAUGACCCCGGUAAUGUCCAGGCACAAUGGCAGUCGGCAGAGUUGAGACCCAAGAACUGAUCUUCACAGCCUGUUGCUAUUGAUCAACACUUGCCUCCAGCUGAUGCCUCAUGCCCCAGCUCCACAGACCUCUACUGCACAGACCUGGAGCCUAUAGGGGUUUCUUUCAGUGUCUCAGUCCAACAUUGCUGGACCAACAUAUACAAUUAUUUCACUAUCCCUCCAACUUCAUCGAGCUUUUGAGGCAAUUUCUGCUUUGAGUCUUAUAUUUUAGAUGAUAUCAAUUACAGCAAUUUUACACCCCCUGAUUUUAAGAUUUCCUUAAUUUUAUGCCAUUUUUAUGCUCCCUCCAAUAUAUAACAAGCAAUGUAUUUUCCCAAUUUUACACCAUUUUUUCCUGAAAAACAUAAACUGGAGGUCCUAUGGUAUAAAAUAGAUUCUGCUUCUAAAAAAGAUAUAAUGCUCCU